CAGGAUAUUCUCAUGGUCAUUCGAACUCACACGCGCGGGGCCUGGACCAGCCUCGGCUAACAGUAGUGUGGUAACCACGACCAAGUACAGUUUUGAGGGGCUUCGUUCCAUUUGCAGGGAUUAAGAAUAGAGUUGCAAGGGCACAGAACUAGCCCCAUUGAAGAUGCAGGCACUAAGAGCAGUCAAAAGCGCCCUGGCAAAACGACCUGUUGUAAGCAAUGUUGUUACUUAUGGAGCUCUUUAUACAGGGGCUGAAUUCUUUCAGCAGACAUUCAACAAUAGGAUUAUGAUUCCAGCAGACUCUCCUCCUGUUCCCUACGACACGGCAACUCUAGCUCGUUAUGGAUUCAUGGGAACCUGUGUCUUUCCUCAUGUUCUCUACCAUGCGUACAAGUUUUUGGAUUCCAAGUUUGUCGGUAAAAGUUUAGCAGUGGUUUUACCAAAGUUGGCAGCAGAUGCUCUCAUAGUUACACCAAUCAAUCUUACCCUAUUCUAUGUUGGAAUGAGUGCCAUGGAAGGAAAAGAGGAUCUCCUAGAGGAAUGGAAGAAAAAGAUUCUACCUACGUUCUUGACUGCAAGUGUAUUCUGGGUUCCUGCUUCUCUCAUCAACUUCAGGUUCCUUCCACCACAAGCUCGAGUUAUAUUUGUUGGUUCUUGUCAAAUAGUUUGGGUAUCAAUCUUGUGCUGGUUCAAACGUCAAGAAUACUAGUCUGAAUAUUCUGUCUAAGGAAUUAACCUGAAAAUUACAGUAGUUGAUAUUUUAGUAUAUUUACAGGUCGGUGUAUGGCUAAUUUAGGUGCUUUCUCUUAUUAAUACUUUUUAUAGUAAGAUUCAACACAAGACUUUACUUGGGAUGUAAUCAUCCAAUUAUAUUAAAAGGCAGUUAUAUUAAAAGGUAUCUUCAGGGACAUCCCAGUAUUAAUGGCAUAAAUUUAGUUAUGUAUACUGCACAACUUUAUCAUAAUAUAAUUCUGGAUGAAUAAAUCUUGUCUAGUAUCUAGACACGAUAUGUGAGCAGUGUGCACUAAUGUAAGUGUAUUCUUGCCUGACAACUAAAAAUUUUACCCAUUGUUGUGUGGGUUUGCAUGUGGGUAUAUGUUUAUUACAUAUAUGUUAACAUAAAAACACAUCUAUAUGGAUACAGACCUUGUCAUAUACAAAUUUACAGUAGCAUAAAAAAAAGUUUCUCAACCUAUUUCAUGAAUGUGAUUAAGCUUUGCUCUGUGCAUGUAGACACCCAUACACACAUUUAAAAACAAGUAUGUAUACCUAAAGAAAGAGAUGUAUAUGUCAGUUUCUUUCCAAUGACUGUUUUUGUAUAAAGUUUGGCAGUAUGUAAACAUUAUUGAUCCAUGACAAUUUUGUGUGUGUACGUGUGUGUCUUUUUCAUUCCAUUUUUUAAUACAAAUUUUAUCCUCAAUUGAAGCAUUUUGAUUUGCACUAUGAAAGAAAUUUACUGGUAUUUUUAGAUGAAUUGCCAAUAGUUUUGAUAGCAUAUUUCUUAAGGUUUAAAACAGGGUAACAUUUUAGAGAAUAAUAGUUAAAAUUGUUAUAUAUGAAUACUGGUGGGGUAAUGCCUUUAUCAACAGUUUCAUGAUCUUGAAGCUAAAGUUAAGGUCUUGCUUAAAACACAUUCCAAUGUAUAUCUUCCGAGUUGUAAUGGAGAUUACUGAAAAUAAAGACAUUCCAAAACAUCUUUGAAGAUGUUUUCAGAAUUUUAGUUAUAAAAAGAAAUUUAUUAAACUUACCAUUCGAGUAAUAAAAUUUAGUUAAACUGUACUUUUAUAUUAGACUUAUCAAAUUUGAUUAUGCCUACAUGUUUCAUUAUUUGUAUGGAUUUGUUUACUUAGAUAUGCAAGCAUUUGAUAGUGUAAAUAUUCAUACUUUUUAAGGCAGAAAUCAAUGUAAAAAAUAUGAAAAGAAGCUAUCUUGAUUGUGUUUGUGAAUAAUAAUUUGCUUAUUCCUUUGAUGUGUAUUAUAAUUUCACUUAUUCAAUGAAGUUAUCCUACAACCCUGAUUGUAUGUAAAGAAUCAUUUAGUACUAAAUUAUGUAUAAAAUGUAAUUCAUACCUUCCAAAUAAAGAUUGUUUUUAUGUAUAUUUUUAAACAAUACUUUGACAUGUAUAGUACCAGUUCUUUGUUCCACUCUCCAACAUUGUCUGCCAAUAAACCAUUUGACAUUAA